UUAAAAAGUAAUCCUGCAGGGGCCAGCAGCAGCAGCGGCGGCUUUGGCUUCGUGCAGCAACAGUGCUGCGGAAAGAACAAGUCGUUUGAAUGAGAGAAACAAAGUGAGAUUGAGACGACCGCCCGAGAUAAGCGUCUUUGAGGCAUGCUGCUAGUGCUGUAACAGCUAAUGCUCCCCAGUGGGCGGGUUGAACUACCCCUCUCUCGACAGAUAAGACUUUCUGCUUAGCAUUAGUUUAAGGAGCUAAGACAACAGCAUCUUCAACCACUUUUCUACCUCUCGUUUUCUGUGCUAGACAUGAUGUACGAAAUCAAUUGCUGCAGAGCAUGAAUGUUUGGAAUUUGAAAUCGGAGUGCAAUCUGAAUACUGGAUGAAGAACUUGGAAAUCCUUGUGGAUUUUUUUUAACUUGACUGUCAAUAUGAAAUCUGUUCGAAAUAAUGCUAUCAUAGAAACAGCAAGACUGAAGUGGCUCCCAGGUUUCCUGUUUUUUUGAACUACACUGUUGGAGUACACUUUUUUUUUCUCUUUCCCAAAAAAAAGACAUUUAUUUGAGCUGCGUUUUCAAUCAUGGCUGUUGCAGUCACAGUGUUUAUACUAAUGCUUUGUACAAGAACUGUGAGUGAAAGUCAGCAAUGGAACUACCCAUUAGAAACUGAAACAUUGGAUUUUGGAUCUGUACCUGCUGUGAACUAUGAGUCUAAUGUAUAUUAUGACCCUGGAGUUAUAGGAUUUUUAUUUCAACUGGCAAGAAUUUUCCUACAUGUAGUGCAACCGAAUACCUUUCCUCAUGAGUUGAUCAUUGAGAUAAUAAAGCAGAACUAUGGACAAGUACUACACCAAUAUCAAGAGAUAAUUUACUAUGAGAUUGGUUUCAUCAUCUGUGCGACUCUGGGAAUUGUGUUUAUACUUCUCAUGCCUUUUUUGGGCCUCUGUUUCUGCAUGUGUCGUUGUUGUGACAACUGUGGAGGGGAGCUGCAUCAACGACAGAAGAAAAAUGCAGAUUGUAGAAGAAGCUGCUUUGCAACAACCCUGUUUUUUGUUACCAUAAUUAUAACGGCUGGAACACUGUGCAUGUUUGCUGCUAACCAAAAUCUCACCAACCAAGUUAAAAGAGUUAAGAAGUUAGUCAACAGUAAUUUCCAAGACCUACACGCUCUGCUUGAUUACACGCCAAUGCAACUAAAUUACAUCACACAACAAUACAGCAUUGCUAAGAACAAAGCACUCUCCGAUAUUAACAAUAUUGGGAGUAUACUUGGUGGUAAGGUAAAGGCACGCUUUGGAAAAGAUAUAAUCCCUGCACUUGAGGAUUCGUACGAUUUGGCCAGAGCCAUCAAAGAUACGAAGGAAGUUUUAGAAAAGGUGGCAGCCUCACGUCGAACAUUAGAUAAUGCAACUAGCAAACUUCAGGCAAACUUGACUGAUGUGCGAACAAGUCUCAACAACACAUUGAAUGAUGCAGCUUGUAAAGUACCUGAUGCUGUUGCACACUGUGACAACAUAAGGGAUUCACUGGGCUAUCUCAAUAUUAAUGCAAACUUUAGUCAGUUAAAAGAUGUUGAUUCUGAACUCAAGAAAGUGAAUGAUGUGCAGAAAUUUGAUUAUGAAGACUUGAUUCAGAAGGGAUAUUCAGCAUUUAACAAUACUCCAGACGUACUUCAAAAUGAAACCAAAUCAUUUGCAUCAGAUGCAAAAAGAGCACUCAGUGAAGUUGAAGAGAGAAUUUCAAGUUUAAGUAAGGAGCCUGUUAUUGGCAAUAUAAUCAAUACUUCUACAGCGUAUCUUAAUCAGGGUCAGAGAUUCUUUCUUGAGUAUAUUCCACAUUUGGAAAAAUAUGAUUUCUACAGAUGGCUUGUUGGUGUUGCCCUCAGCUGUGCUGUGAUUCUUAUCCUUGCUUUCAAUUAUCUUGGUUUGCUUUGUGGAACAUGUGGCUUUGACAAGCAUGCUUCUCCAACCACAAGAGGCUGUGUAUCAAACACCGGAGGCAACCUUCUUUUAGCUGGAGUUGGAAUCAGCUUCAUCUUCUCCUGGCUUAUGAUGCUGGUAGUUUUGGUGACCUUCAUUGCAGGUGGAAAUGUUGAAAAACUUGCUUGUCAGUCUUUAAAAGACAAUAGUUUAUUCAAGGUUCUGGAUACUCCUUAUUUGUUAAACUCACAAUGGAAAUAUUUUCUUUCUGGACUUCUGUUUUCUGAACACAAUAUAAAUGUCACUUUUCAAAGUGUAUACAGCAAGUGCCGCAAAAAUGAAGGCAUUUAUUCAGCUUUACAACUACAAUACUUAUUCAACAUGGAUCGUGUAAAUCUCAGUGGACAUGCAACUUGUCUGACUGAGAGUUUCGCAAAGAUUAAUGUGAAUUUAAGUAAUAUAGUAAUAUUGGAUGAGGAGGCCAAAAACAGUCUUCAUGAUUUUGGUGAAACUGGCAUUGACACAGUUGAUUUCACUGCCUACUUCAUUGAGCUCAACAAAAGUGUGGUUAAGGCAGACCUUCGCACAUUUGCAAAUGAUCUAGAGGCAAAAGCGAAUUCAUUGCCUGCAGGAGCCUUGGCGAAUGCAUUAAGAGGCCAUGUAAACAAUAUUCGAGCAAUCCACAACCAGCAAGUUAUACCACUUGAACAAACUUUGAACACAUUGAAUGAAAGUAUCGGAAUACUGCAAAACUCAGCAGCAAGCUUAAAGAUAAAAGUGGGAGGCAUAAUGAAUUCCGUUGAAGCAGCUCAGUACCUAAUCAACAACAAUGGUACCAACAUUGUAAAGCAGGAAAUGUAUAAUUAUUGCGACACUGUAGUUGGCUACAUUACUGAAUAUUUAGAAUGGAUCAAGGAUGCUAUGAACAAUGAAGUUGCUGUCUGUAAGCCGAUUGCUAAUGCUGUGGAUGCAGCUGAUAUGAUAAUGUGCGGUUUUAUAGUGGAUUCCCUGAAUGGCUUUUGGUUCAGCCUUGGAUGCUGUACAGUAUUUUUAAUACCAAGUAUUAUAAUUGCUGUGAAACUAUCCAAAUUCUAUCGGCGGAUGGAUACAGAGGAUGUAUAUGAUGAGAGAACCAUCAUACAUUUUGGUGGGUGCAGCAACCAAUCGACAUCUGUAUAUACCUUGCAGAAAAGGCCUUCAGAUGCAUCGGCCCCAGUGCAUAAUGCACCUUGUUAUUCUCUUUGUUAAUGUAUAUUCUGAAUAAACAGUUGAACACUUGGAAAGUCUUUUUUCAUUUCUGCAGUUCACUAUCCUACAUCUUAGUAUCUCAAUAUGUUAAAUCAUAAUGCAACUUUUCGCUCACACUUUAU